AUGUCGAGUCAAAAUAUAUCGGAGUACGAGAAAGACGUCAUAGAGAACCGUCCCGACGGUGAAAAGACUUUUGAACAGACAACGUUCCCGGAACUCAAACAAGUCGCCAGCAAUGCUCUGAGCAGGAUCACCUCACAUCUCAGCACUCGAGAUAUUGUCGAUCCUGGGCCACCGCCAGAUGGAGGCCUUAAAGCAUGGACCCAAGUCGCCAUGGGGUUUGUUGUUUGCUUUUGCACCUGGGGCUACAUCAAUUCAUUUGGUGUCUUUCAGACCUACUAUACCGAGACCUUGGGUGAAUCCCAGUCAACCAUCUCCUGGGUGGGUUCCGUUCAACUGUGGAUCGUUUUCUUCGUCAGCGCCUUCUCCGGUCGGGCGCUGGAUGCCGGGUUAUUCAUUCCGACUUUUCUCAUCGGAUCGAUCGUUCAAAUCAUCGGCAUCUUUAUGACGAGUCUGUGCAAGAACUUCUGGCAGCUUGUACUGGCCCAAGGCCUCUGUACCGGCCUGGGGAGCGGAAUUUUCUUCUGCCCAACCAUUGGACUGGUGACGACAUAUUUCAGGAGGAAUCGAGGAGUUGCCGUCGCCAUUGUGUCGAGCGGUAACUCGCUGGGUGGCGCCAUAUACCCCGUGAUUGUGCGCCAGCUCCUGCCAGAAAUCGGAUAUGCAUGGACGGUCCGUGUGCUCGGUUUCGUGAAUGUAGGAUUGCUUUCGUUGGCACUGGCAUUCAUGCGGCCGAGAUUGCCUCCUCGAAAAGCCGGUCCGGUGGUCGAGUGGAGAGCAUUCCGUGAAGUGCCGUAUGUCUUCGUCCUCUUGGGCAUGUCGCUCGUCUUUGGGGGACUCUUCUUCUCCUACUAUUACAUCGCCUCCUUUGGCCGGACCAUCUUAGACAUGAGUUAUAAAGAUUCACUCACCUUGCUCAUCAUCUUCAACGGAGCCGCUGUACCCGUUCGACUUGUGACGGGCUUCAUUGCGGAUCGGUUCAUGGGGCCGCUAAACGCCAUGGUUCCGCUCCUUUUCAUCAACGCGCUUUUUGCAUUUACCUGGAUUGCAGUCAAGUCGGAAUCAGGCAUGUACGUGUUUGCAACGUUUUAUGGAUUUUCGGCAGGAGCCUUUCAGUGUCUCUUUCCGACGACGGUAACAAGUUUGAACAACGACUUGAGUAAGAAUGGGGUCAGGAUGGGUAUGGCUUUCUCACUGUUCAGUUUUGCGGGACUUGCCGGACCUCCCAUCGGAGGGGCGCUGUUGACGACGAACGGUGGCGGGCGAGGCGGAUAUCUGGUUGCACAAAUAUGCCUUGGAGUACUUACCGGGGUGGGUGCUUGCUUGAUGUAUGCCGCCCGUGUGUAUAAAGUUGGCUGGAGUUGGAAGAUCAAGUGUUAA